CGCCGAGCGAGUAGUGGGCGGCGCGCAGGAAGGGAGGAGGACCGGGGACCUGCGGGGCUGGUGGGCGUUCGCGGGUGGAGACGUAGAAGAUGUGACGCCGCGGCCCGGCUGUUGCCAGACCAGCGGACGCUGUGCCCGCGGUUGCAAAAGGAUCCCUGGCGCUGCAGCUUCGGGAGGCGGCCCUCCCGAGAGCGGCGGCUGCGGAGACACCCAGCCCUUACUCCCAGCUCCCGGGCCGCUCGGCUCCCCGUGCUCUAGGGCCGGCGGAGAGGGAAGCGGCGGAACAGCUUGAGGCUGGGGGCCCGCGGGCGCGGCCGCGUGCCGCGUGGAGGGAGGCUGGGGGGCCGGGGCCGGGGCCGCGCCCCGGAGCGCGUCCGAGGCCGGGGCCGGGGCGCGGCGACUCCCCGCGCGGCUCCAGGGGCUCGGGGACCCCGGCAGGGCGCUGUCGGGGCCAUGGCAGCCGGGAGCAUCACCACGCUGCCCGCCCUGCCGGAGGACGGCGGCAGCGGCGCCUUCCCGCCCGGCCACUUCAAGGACCCCAAGCGGCUGUACUGCAAAAACGGGGGCUUCUUCCUGCGCAUCCACCCCGACGGCCGAGUGGACGGGGUCCGCGAGAAGAGCGACCCUCACGUCAAACUACAACUUCAAGCAGAAGAGAGAGGGGUUGUGUCUAUCAAAGGAGUGUGUGCGAACCGUUACCUUGCUAUGAAGGAAGAUGGAAGAUUACUGGCUUCUAAAUGUGUUACAGACGAGUGUUUCUUUUUUGAACGAUUGGAAUCUAAUAACUACAAUACUUACCGGUCAAGGAAAUACUCCAGUUGGUAUGUGGCACUGAAGCGAACUGGGCAGUAUAAACUUGGACCCAAAACAGGACCUGGGCAGAAGGCUAUACUUUUUCUUCCAAUGUCUGCUAAGAGCUGAUCUUAAUGGCAGCAUCUGAUCUCAUUUCAUAUACCUCAUGAAAGAAGAGGUAUAUUUUAGAAAUUUGUUGAUGAAAGGAAAAGAAAAAUGUAUACAGCUAUCUGCUCAGUUUACGUAACUGGUCAGAUAACCUUUUAUCUAACAGUAAAAUAUUUAACCAUUGCCUUAGUAAAACAACAACAAAAAUUCCUGGAAAAUGCAUAGACUUCCACUUUUUAUAUAGAAUUUGCCUUUAUCCAGUGAAGCUUACUUACAGCUACAAUCUUUUUCAUACAUUUGCUUCAUUUGAAAAGAGGCUUUUAAAAUGUGCAUACGUACAAACAAGUUUUCUUCAUGGAAAUCACAGACAUUAGAAAAUUUAAGUCAGAUAUUUAGUUAACCCAAAUGUCCACUACUUCUUAUAAUACGGCACACAUUAAUCUACAGGUACAAUUUACUUAAACAUUUUAAAACCAUGUAAAUAUAAAUUUAAUCCAUGCCUGUCAUAGUUUUAUAACUGUCUGGCAGUUCCUUGUGAUAGAUUUUAUAGAACAAGCCUGUGUAAACUGCUGGAAGUUCUUCCAUGGUCAGAUCAAUCUUGUCAAACCCUUCUCUGUAUCCAUACAGCAGCAGCCUAGCAACUCUGCUGGUGAUCGGAGUUGUAUUUUCAGUCUUGACUAGGUCACUGAGAUCCAUCCACUCACACCUUAAGCAUUCACGCUGGCAAAAAUUUAUGGUGAAUGAAUAUGGCUUUAGGCGGCAGAUAAUAUACAUAUCUGACUUUCCGAAAGCUCCAGGAUGGGUGUGCUGUUGCCGAAUACUCAGGAGGGACCUGAAUUCUGACUUUAUACCGGUCUCUUCAAAAACUUCUCGAACUGCUGUAUCUCCUACAUAGAAGAAAAUGUACAAAUCAGUAAGGAUCACAUUUUUAGGAGUUUAAUCAUCAAAGAUUUUCAAGAAGCAUUUUCUAAAUGCUCAAAAAGCACAACUUUACCCUAAGAAAAUAAAGUUUUCAAUGUAAACUCUUUGCCUUACUGGACAUCCUGAAGUACCGAAGUAUUUUCUUAUCAAUGUAUAUCUAAGAAGCUUUUGAAAUACUAUUUCUUUGGCUGCUACUUGCAGGCUUACCCACUUAUAUAUAUAUUUUGAAAGUCACAUUUUAAAAAAUUCUUCCUGCUUUAUUGCCCAGAGGUGAAAACAUAGGUUGCAAAGCUGCAGUUAAUAUUCCUACGUAUUUUUUCACUAUUAUCCUGUUCCUGAUUACCCAUCAAAGCUGCCUAAAUUUAUAAACAUCAGAAUUGAGAAAAAGUGAUCCACUCUUCUUUAUAAAAGUCUGGACAGCUACAGAAUGUACUGAACUAUGAAAUGAUUCAACUCUCCCCUGGUCUCUCCUAGGACUGUCAAGCCUCUGAAAUCAUAGAGCAGACUCCUUUAUAACCAUUUUGUUAUGCUCUUGUAGUUAUCCUGUGAGUGGAAUCCCACCAUGGUUAAUUUUUUGGCAUUUUCUUUGUUUCCUGCAUUUCAAAGAACUUGGAUUCAUUCCUCCAACAGCAAAAUGCUGCAGUCAUUUCAUCAGAAGUUUUCAAAAAACUUGCAAUUUACAGAAUUUUAUAAUACAACUAGGGUUUUCACAUUUUAUAAGGUUGAUUUUUCAAUAAUAUGCAAAUUUCUGGGACAGGAUUUUUAUUGCCAAUAACUUAUUUUUGUGGCUGCUUUUUCUAAAUAUCCAGAUGAACCUCCUACAUGGGAUUUGUCUAAUUUUAUGAUGCUCUGUCAUUGUCUCCCAAAGUGUUUUAUGAGAAGCCCCUAAAAAAGCUGCCUUCCUUGCCUAUUUGCUGGGAAGCUUCACAGUUGCCACAGGUACAAAUUUUUGUUCAACUACCCUUUAAUGCCUCCAUUUUCUUGUUUGUCAAAUUGUCAAUUAUAUUUGUCUUCUUCGUAGUCCUACUAGUGAGGAAUAGGCAAGGAAGAGCAAGUCGUUGAAAGAAAAAAAAAGGUCUCAAUGUUUUUUCUGAUAAACAGCUCUGGAAAUAUGCACAGGGAAAGUGUUUAAUAUAUAAGAUGUUUGUCUGCCAUACUUGAAUAUAUGUGGACUUCCCUUAUAACUGAGAUUUGCCUUAGGUCAAACAUGGUUAGAAAUUAUAUUUUUAAACUGAAAACAUAAAAGAAGAAUUUAUAUGUUAAGAAAAGGAAAACUUGCCUUAAUAAGAAAGAUAAUUUUUAGUAGUAUACAUGUUUGUUAUUAAAUUUGUUAAAGAUUGUGGCAGUAGUCUUAAAUUUUACAUGUCAUUUGCUGAUCUGAGUUAAAAAUUGUUUAAAUGUUUAUUUUUAUUCUUUAAACACUUUGAAAGAUGACCAUGGGGUUCUUGUUUAGCUUUUAGCAACACUAAUCAAGAGUUUGGCAUUUAGUUCCUGAGUCUGGCCUGUUGGUGUGUUAUGGAAGCACAGGACGCGGCUGGUGAGCGAAAUCUGCCCUGCUCAGCAGUCACCACAGCAGUUGAUUCAAAAUUGGCGCUGUCUGGGUAGUGUGAUCCGUUUAAUUUGAAUCCAUGAUAUUGACUAGACUAAAAACUGAAUGGGCAAAUAAGCGCUUUUGUAUCUAGAAGAACCUGUUCAAGAUUGAAAUCUCUUCUCCAAAGACUUUACCAUGAAUUUAAAGAUUUUUCUAUCUAGAUAAAGUGCGUUAUUCUCGUGUACCUUUAUUAUUUUAAUGUACUGUAAGCUAAAUUGAAAUAACUGUUUUAUAGGUUUGAAGAACAUAGGAAAAACCAAGAGGGUUUUCUUUUUAUUUUUGCUGGUUGAAAGAUAUGUUUAAAAACGUCAUAGUGUUUUGUUUAGUUAAAGGACAAUAAUGAAAUGGAAUUUAUAUUUGUUAUUUCUAUUUUCUAAUAUUUAAUAGGAUUAGAUUGAAAUAAAAGGAAAAACUGUGCAGAAUAUGGGUUUUUCUGGUGUUUCCCUCUGACUCUGGUACACUGAUGAACUCUGAUCAGACCCUCCUGCUUUAAAGACCUUUGGCUAUGCAGGGAUGCUCUUCCUGUCAGUGGUAAUGAGAUUUUUUUUCAGGAAGGCAGCUUCUCCAUUUUUAACCUUGUACAUGUAUUGUACUCUUAGGGUAUUAUAUUAUAUGAAAACCUAAGGAUUGCAUUCUAUUUUGUAUACGCCCCCUUAAUGUUUUGUUUUGUUUUUUUUUUAAA